AUGGGAUGCAUUUAAACUUAGAACAAAUCCAAAACACAUUAAAAGGUCUAAUUACCAAUAGAAAAACAUGCCAUCUAUAAAUGCUAUCAAACUAACACAUUAUAUGUCAAUGAAAUUGGCUAACAGUAUCAAAUUAUUCGAGAAGGAAAAAAGUUAACUAAAGUACCAAUUCUUAAAAGAUUAUAAUAAAAUCCAUUGUACCUCAAAAGGACUACUUCGUAAUCAGAUUUGAGCAUUUAAUCUAAAAGUACUUUGUGA